GUCUAUUUCUCCAUGGAGGAGUGGGAGUAUGUAGAAGGACACAAGGAUCAGUACAAGGAUCAGGUCAUGAUGGAGGAUCAGCAGCCCCUCACAUCAGCAGUCAGAUCCAGUAAGAGAACAGCACCAGAGAGGUGUCCCCGUCCUCUUCUUCCACAGGAUGAUCAGGGUGAAGAUCCGAACAAUAUUAAUGCUCCAGACACAGUUGUGAGCGGUGAUGAACAGUAUAAGGAGGACAUUCCUACAAGGAAAGAUCUGAACAAUAUUAAUGCUACAGGCAUAAAGGAAGAAGAAGAGACAGAUGUGAGCAGUGAUGAGCAGUAUAAGGAGGACAUUCCAGCAGGAAAAGAUCUGAAUAAUAUUAAUGCUACAGAUAUGAAGGAAGAAGAAGAGACAGAUGUGAGCGGUGAUGAGCAGUAUAAGGAGGACAUUCCUACAGGGAAAGAUUUGAUCCAUAUUAAUGCUACAGACAUAAAGGAAGAAGAAGAGACAGAUGUGAGCGGUGAUGAGCAGUAUAUGGAGGACAUUCCUACAGGUAACCACCCAGAUUCUUGUACCAGGAGAUCAGAGGAGAAUCUUAUAUCUUCAGAUUAUAAAGCAGAUGAUGAUAUCACACAAGAUACAUAUGAAGAACAUUCCAUUAUCCCAGAUACACCCUCAGCCCUUCACAGCCAAGAUCUGUCAUCUCAUCCUUAUAUACAGGUCCUGUCUUCUCAGUCAUCACAGGAUGUUCAGCAAAUUAAAAGUCAUCAAAGAGAUCAUACAGGAAAGAAACCAUAUUCAUGCUCAGUAUGUGGGAAAUGUUUUACUGACAAAUCACAUCUUCUUAGACAUCAAAUAACUCACACAGGAGAGAAGCCAUUUUCAUGUUCAGAAUGUAGAAAGUGUUUUACUGACAAAUCAAGUCUUCGUAGACAUCAAAGAACUCACACAGGGGAAUUUUCAUGUUUAAAAUGUGGGAAAUGUUUUACUCGGAAAUCAACUUUUCUUCAGCAUCAAAGAAUUCACACAGGGGAUAAUCCAUAUUCAUGCUCAGAAUGCGGGAAAUGUUUUAUUAAGAAAUCACAUCUUGUUCAACAUAAAAGAACUCACACAGGGGAGAAGCCAUUUUCAUGUUCAGUAUGUGGAAAAUGUUUUAAUGACAAAUCAAUUCUUGUUCAACAUCAAAGAACUCACACAGGGGAAAAGCCAUUUUCAUGUUCAGAAUGUGGGAAAUGUUUUACUUCAAAAUCAGGUGUUACUCGACAUGAAAGAAUUCACACAGCGGAGAAACUAUUUUCAUGUUCAGAAUGUGAGAAAUGUUUUACUAAUGAAUCAGGUCUUGUUGUACAUCAAAGAACUCACACAGGGGUGAAGCCAUUUUCAUGUUCAGAAUGUGAGAAAUGUUUUACUAAUGAAUCAGGUCUUGUUGUACAUCAAAGAACUCACACAGGGGUGAAGCCAUUUUCAUGUUCAGAAUGUGGAAAAUGUUUUCCUGGGAAAAAAAAUCUUGUUCAACAUCAAAGCACUCACAGGGCGGACAAGCUAUUUUCAUGUUCAGAAUGUGAGAAAAGUUUUACUAAUAAAACAGGUCUUGUUGUACAUCAAAGAACUCACACAGGGGAGAAGCCAUUUUUAUGUUCAGAAUGUGGGAAAUGUUUUACUUGGAAAUCAGAUGUUACUCGACAUCAAAGAACUCACACAGGGGAGAGACCAUAUUCAUGUUCAGAAUGUAGAAAGUGUUUUCCUGACAAAUCAAGUCUUCUUAGACAUCAAAGAACUCACACAGGGGAGAAGCCAUUUUCAUGUUUAGAAUGUGGUAAAUGUUUUACUCGGAAAUCAGACCUUGUUGUACAUCAAAGAACUCACACAGGGGAGAAGCCAAUUCAGAGCAAUAAAUGAUGCAGAUAACACAUCUAUAUAUUAACCAUGUACAUAGGAUAUCUGACAUUUAUACAUAUAUCA